AUGGCAUCAACAAUUGAAAAUCUUUAUGAAGUUACACAGAAGAAUAUGAUCAAAGAAAGAAAGCAAAUGUGCCAAAAAAGCGGUACAUUAGGUCCAGAUGAUCUGAUUUGUCUGAGAAAAGAAGAAAAGACGUUAUUAUCAGAUGGAAGGCCGAGGAACUAUUUUCAUUGUGUCUGUGGCUUGAAAAUAGAUACACCAGCAGCAUUUCCUGCGUAUUUAGCCAGUUUAUUGUCGAGACAAGAAAAAGGAUCAAUUUCGAAAAAGUAUAAAAUCACUCAAUCCACGUGUUACGUUUGGGAUUCGUUUGACCAAAAUGAAUUUGUUGCGCAAAUCCAGUCAACUGGAUCGUGUGCAUUUAAAUGUUACAAAAUAGAUCAAUCCGAGUCAAAAAUAGAUGACGAGAAAUGGAAUAAGAUACGUCUUUCAUCAGCAUUACGCUAUUAUAGAGCAUCUCAAUACUUAUUAUUUGCAUUUUUCGGUUCAAAUCCAGUAAGUAAUUCAAUUACAAAAGCUUUUUCGGCAACACUAUUAGAUUUAGACGAAUUUAUAUACAUAGCUGAAAACCAUCCUAAUUCUGAUGAACUUCAAGCUGCUUUAGCAGCUGGUUUAAUUUUAUCUUUGACAGCAGAGAAAAUCUUCGAAUUUUUGAGAAAAUACAUGCUUAAAUUUCCUACAAUAUUCGAUCACAUACUGAGAUACAUCCCAAUUGAAUGUAAUUUCGCGAAAAAAUUGAUUCUAUUACUAAAAGAUCAUAUGGAAUUAUUUCCAGAAGAUGUUGAUGUUGCUAUUGCAUUAAUGAAAUUACUUCCAGAUGAUCCAAUAUAUUUUAUUGUCUUUAAUUCAAUCUGGUGUAAACCCAACGCAGGAAUAGCUCUUGCAAGAAGGUUUAUUGACCAACAACGAUUUACAGAUGCAUUUACUAUCUUGAAUGCAACUGCUUUCGCAUCAGGAUGGCCUUCAUUAAAUGUUAAUUACAAAAACUUAGAUUGCGACAUACCAAGAAAGGCUCCUGAACGGGGACCAACACUUACAGAUAUUAAGCUUGUUAAUGCACCGCUCUGCGGAACACAACACGAAUAUUUUUCAACUAUUGCAGAAUUAUAUCUUAAAAUGGGAGAAACUGCUUUCAAAUCACUUGUAAUGAAAGUUCAAACAGUUAGAAAAUGCGGAAGAAAGAUUAAUAAUACACAAUUAUGGCCUCAUCAGCUUUCAUACGGAGAAGUUGAUGAAAAUAAUUAUUUAUAUGAUCCUGGAGAAUUCUGUAUUAAUGAUACAGUGUCACAAUUUGAAGAAUUUGAUUUUUCAAAGAGUUUUAAUGAUACAAUUUCGGAUGUACAGAAAGCUCUUGCUCAUAAAGAUAAAAUAAUGGCAGGAAUUGAUACUACAAACACAACUUCUGCUCUUAUUCUCGGAUUACGACUGAAAGAUCAAAAUCUUAUCAAGAAGAGCUUUGCUGAGCUUGUUAGAACACAUGAAGCUACAAAAAUGGAUCAAAUGCUUCUUCUAAAGGCCGUAAUGCUCAAUAUUGGCCCGCCAAUCGAUGAAAUUUUGGCAAUGGAUAUUUCUCAUUUUUCAUACGUUCAACAGAAUGCGUUCGAGUUUGUGAAAGCAUUAACUUUUUGUAUUAUAGAGUUAUCAAAUUAA